GGUGUAAUUCAAGAGGUUAACAGAAUGCUUUCUCUCUCUCUUUUAAGCUUGUCCUCCAGGAACGUUCAAGUCCAGUCAAGGGACGGGUUUGUGUCUUCAGUGUCCACCCAACAGCAGGUCCACAUCUGAAGCGGCCACUAUCUGCGUCUGUAGGAACGGCUACUACAGAGCAGACGGAGAGCAGCCAGACAUGCCCUGCACCAGUGUUCCUUCUGGACCAAGAAACGUCAUCUCCAUUGUGAACGAGACCUCUGUGACUCUAGAGUGGCACUCUCCGCGUGAGACAGGCAGCCGUGAUGAUGUCGUGUAUAAUAUUAUUUGUAAGAAAUGCCAGGCGGACCGUCGUUCCUGCUCUCAUUGCGAUGAUAAUGUGGAGUUUCAGCCCCGGCAGCUGGGACUGACCGAAUCCAGAGUCUUCAUCAGUAACCUGCUGGCACACACUCUCUACACCUUUGAGAUCCAGGCGGUCAACGGCGUCACCAACAAGAGCCCGUAUCCUGCCCAGCACGUCUCCAUAGACAUCACAACCAACCAGGCUGCUCCGUCUAUUGUUCCCAUAAUGCAUCAGGUCAGUUCGACGUUGAAAAGCAUCACGUUGUCAUGGCCACAGCCUGAGCAGCCCAAUGGAAUUAUUCUUGAUUAUGAGCUGCGCUACUAUGAAAAGGAGCUGUCUGAGGUGAACUCCACGCAGGUGAGGAGUCAGACGAACACGGCUCUUGUGGAUGGAUUACGGCCGGGCACCAUGUACGUGAUGCAGGUUCGCGCCAGGACGGUUGCUGGUUUCGGCAAAUACAGCAGCAAAAUGUGCUUCCAAACCCUCACAGAUGACGACUAUAAAUCAGAGCUGAGGGAGCAGUUGCCACUGAUUGCGGGCUCAGCCGCGGCUGGAGUGGUCUUCAUUGUGUCUCUGGUGGCAAUAUCUAUAGUCUGUAGCAGGAAACGGACUUACAAUAAGGAGGCCGUGUACAGUGACAAACUCCAGCACUACAGCACCGGAAGAGGUGAGCGAACCCCUUCAAUUUUUUUAGACCGUUGACACUGAAGGACA